AUGACAGACAGCACAGGCAUUCCAUCCACAUCAACACCUCCGAUCAUACCUCCCGCUGACGAUGCAGAGGAAGGCUACAGUCUCAAGACCGAAGGAUCUAGCAUAACUCUGCUUGACGUUGCAGCCGGCGACUACGACUCUAAUCUAGAUGAUCAUCGACCCAAAUCUACGUCGCUGCGCGACAUAAAUUCUGAAAACCUCCCAAGAAAAAUUGAGGCUCUCAGGAGCCACGUAGGAAAAAGGUGGUCUCAUGUGGACGCAUUUAGCACAAUAUCCGACAUUCUUCAUCAAGCAUCGCAGAUUUUUUCCACAGUAGAAAAGCUCAAGGCUAAAUACACACAGCAGAACUAUACAUUCUCCGCAAUAUCAUUUUCUCGUGUUAACACGAAUCACUAUGAAAAAUUGGGUAUCUCGAUAUUAUCCAAAGCUGCCAAUGUUGAAGCCGUCAUCACCAAUUUGAGCGGCGGUGUUGCCUUUGGGGAGGAACAUAGGGCCGAUUACUUUAAAACAUACGGCGAGGCCACGACGAAGACCAUCCAAAACAUAGUGAUAUACACAGGCCAAAAGCCUGAGGCGAGGGGACGUCUUCUUAUUGAUCAGUUCAUUCUCUUUAUGAUGGGAUACUUCAUAAGUAUUAACAUGAUUCCACUGUUAUUUCCUGAGCUUCAACUAGCUACUGUACGGAAACCAGUUGUGGUGUUGUAUUCAAAAAUAUCUCCGAAUGGGAGUGCGACAAAGGUCGCAACUUGCAUUACAGGGUCGGUCGACUAUGCUCUGUUUGUUGCAUUUCGUUCCGCAAUCAAACAAUCUGUUUUGUUAAAGAUGCGAACUUUCAACAACCUAUCCCAGCUUGAGAGGGAUUUGGAUCGUUCCGGCCUUCCGAUACAUGGAGAUCAGCUGCAUCUAUUCAUGGUAGAGGCCAAGAAGAUGGGAAAUGCUGACGAUCUGGUUAAUUUCAUCCCUCAAGUUGUCGCAGAGGGUGCAAUCAUUAUUGCUUACAGGAUAACAGUACUAAGGACUAAAACUGCGGUGACAUGGUGCAUAACAACAGGGGAAGCAUGGAUAUUUGGAAUCAGCUUAAAGAAAACAGACCAUACGCAAUGUCUGGUUUACCAUUCCACGGUUAUGAAGCUUAACUACGACCUUGAAGACCAAAACCUCCUCAGCGCGCAGAUCAAAAAAUUUUUUAAUCUAAUGGUCUCUUGGUCGCUGUCUCCCGCUCUCUAUAUGACUGCAGACCAGGAGGGUGCAGGCAUGCUUGUAACCACAUUCCACAGAUUCAAAAUUGAUUGGCAGUUUACCAAAGCCCACCACAGAAGCUGGAAAUGGUCCAUCGUUUUCGUAAAGUCCUCGCCGAAUCUGCGGUUAACUAAACCCGAUAUCGUCAUCGACGACGAUAUACGAUGCAUGGCGGAACUUCACUCGCAACGGACCCUUAUUUACAGUGUACCGCAGGGUGCUCCGAGGAUGAGGACGAGGACAGGGACGGGGACGGGGACGGCGUAA